GUGUGUAAGGGGGAGGCCGGCGAUGAAGUACCCUGGGGAGGCUGGAGCGGGGCUGCCGCUGCCGGGGAGGCGGUGGGGGAAGCCCCUGGGAGCCCCAGUGGGCAAUGGGGCUGCAGUGUUGGCUCCGUGUCCUCCCCACCGCCCGCCACGGCUGCUCCCGCUAUCCCUCCCUCCCUGCCUGCCUCCCGCCCAUCCGCGCCUGUCGCCUCCCGCUGUCGCCCAGCUCUCCCGGAGCCGGGUCCCUUCUCCCUGGCAUUGCCUGGCCGGGAAAGGAGCCUGACUCAUCCCGGCCGGGCCCCUGCACAUGCCAGAGGGAGCAGCCCCAUCCUGUUGCCCUACGCCCGUGGAAGGAGGGCAACACUGCUCCAGACUCACCUCGCUCCUGGGUGGUGAGGACCUCUUGGCAAGGCAGAUCGGCCGCUCUCGCCAUGCCCCACUUCUUGGAUUGGUUUGUGCCCGUGUAUCUGAUGAUCUCCAUUCUCAUCCUGGUGGGCUUUGGAGCUUGCAUCUACUACUUUGAGCCAGGACUCCAGGAAGCCCAUAAGUGGCGAACACAGAGGCCAAUGAUGGAACGAGACCUUCGGAAGACACUGAUGAUUCGGGACAACCUGGCCUUUGGGGUGCCUGAGGUCUGACAAGCUGCCCAUCGCAUCCAGAAGAGUCUCUGCGGGGUGGGCAGCAGAUCACAAGCCUCAGUAGGGAUGACAGUCUUGCCCUGGUGUAAGCGAGGCUGGUCAUCACUUUGCGCUUUGCUGAUCUGAGUCGUGUACUCACCACUCACCAUUCUGCCCCUUUGCUUCUUAGUCAAGGUUUGUGUGACACUGUAGACUUGGGCUUCCCAUGUGCUCACAGCUCUUCACCCAGCCAAAGACAAAGACUUCUGCUCCUCCCCAUGGCCAAGACUGAUGAACCACUCAAAUGAAACAUCUCUUGUUAAUCACUUGAGUUUGAGCUGUCUGGCAUCUCAACACAACCUUCAGUAGGAAAGUUCUCGACAGGGUAGCAGUCUUGCAAAGGGAUACAGAACCUUUUACUCCUAUUCACGAAGUUAAAUCUAACCCAUUUUGUUUAAGUCCAGGGGGUCUUUUGGGGGAAGUAAAUGGGAUUUCAACACAUCAUUGCUUCAGCUGAGCUCUUCACAGCACCCAUCCUUGGUGCUGGGAUGGUAAGCUUGCUGAAGCUCUGUGCAGAGGGGCCAAGGGCUCAGCGAGCCCCAGAGACUAACUGCCUUUAUCUCUGCUAAAGGCACACCACUUCUGUUUCUGUUUGGGAGGUGGAGAACAUUCAUCCAUCCAUCCAUCCAUUCCAGAUGCACCAUAUUCAAAUUAAAGGUCUUUACUAAAGAGGUUUAUCCAA